AUGAGUAAAAUUUUUAUAUUCCUCUUCAUACUCUCUCUCUUUAUUUCAACAGCAAACACAUUAGAAUCUGUUGAUAAACCUAAAAUUCAAGAUCCCUUUACAAAUAGUAUAAUCUAAUAGAUUUUGAGAAAAACAUAUACAGAUACUAAUUGUCCACCAGAACAAUCAAAAACUUACUGUUCUGGUAAUCAGCCAUGUUGCAGAGUUGGAAGCAGAUAUGGAUGUUGUCCAUAUUCAUAUGGAAUAUGUUGUGGUGAUGGAACAUGUGUUCCAAGUGGUGGAAGAUGUUGA